UUCCGUGUAUCUAUCUACCUCAACUUAUUGUUAUUACACGAACACGAACAACAGAAAGAGAGAGAGAGAGAGAGAGAACCCUAGAUUCUUCUAUUAAACUUCCUUCCAAGUUUUAUCACUCUCUUCUUCUUCCCCCAACGAAAUACGAAUCCCAACAUCGUUCAAAAAAAGAUAAUUAUCUGAUUGAUUAGUAAUUCGAUCGAUUAAUCGGCUGCCAUGGCUGGGAGAAUACUUGCAAAUUUGAUUGUGAUGGGUUCUGGGAUCAUUGGUCGUGCUGUCUUUCAAGCCUAUCGUCAAGCACUUGCAAAUGCGUCUAAAACUGGCGUUGCGCAAGAAGCAAUGCAGAAUGCAGUACGUAAAGCAGGAAAAGCCAUCAAUGAGCAAGAGGCUAGGCAAAUUCUUGGUGUGACUGAGCAGACCUCUUGGGAAGAAAUAUUGCAGAAAUAUGACAAACUGUUUGAGAAUAACGCUAAAGCUGGGAGCUUUUACCUUCAAUCGAAAGUUCUUCGAGCUAAAGAAUGUCUAGAAGUUGUGCACAGGAGCAAAGGCAACGGUACACCUAGUUAAGAGCUUAUAUCUUCUUCCUUUUUUUUUACACAUUCAGAACACUUGCUCUUAAUGUAAAAUUAAGACGAUUUCAUGGUUCUUUGAGAUGAUGUGAAACUUAUAAAACGGCCAUAGUUUUUGUUUUUUUACCUAUUAAUUUAGUAAUAACUAAGACAUGCUUGCUCUGGUCAAUUGAUCAGUGUCAAAGAACCUCUUAAAAGUUGAAACUAGAAUGGAUUGUUCUAUGUGUGUAUGUUGUAUCCUUCUCUCCUGAGAGAAGAUCUGUUUAAAGGCACUGUCUGUAAUGUAUAAUAUAUAAUAAGAUUACUUCAUUACUGUA